GUCGUCAGCGUGUUGCUCGCCCGGAAGGUUGAAUGUGUCUGGGGCGAACAGCAGCAGCAGCAGCAGCAGCCAGUUCAAAGCUGAGUAUUAGCAAAAAUACUGACUUUUAAUAUUUAUAUAUUAGUAAAGAUGAGUCCUGCGUGUGACUGUUGCGGCGAGAGCGUCAAUAAACUGCAGCAGCAGGUUUCUGUGAUGAGAAAAGAAAUCAAGAACCUGAGGCAGAUGUUGGACAGUGCAGUUCGAGCCCAUCGCAAACAUAUGACAUCCAUUCAGUCUGCUGUGUCCAAGAUUGAACACUGUGAAGCUGAGGAACACCUGACACCUCCUCCUCCUCCUCCUCCUCCUCCAGCAUCACCACAGGCUGCAUUAGAGCAAGGAAACAUCCAGACUGUCCCGAUCGGUUACAUCAGUUCCUGUUUCUCGGUGAAGAAUGGGACGCCCAGGCAGCCCACCGUUUGUGGCCCCUCGCGAGCAGAACUGCACAUCCAGCAGAGCGUUUUCAACAACCCCAAGCACGCUCUGGUGGGCCUGGAGCAAUACUCCCAUGUCUGGGUCAUUUUUCUCUUUCACAAAAAUGGGCACCUGAGUUACAAAGCCAAAGUGAAACCACCUAGACUGAACGGUCAGAGAGUUGGUGUGUACUCCACACGCAGUCCGCAUCGACCCAACGCCUUGGGGCUAACUCUGGCUAAACUUGAUAAAGUUGUAGGUGACACAAUACAUUUGUCAGACAUUGACAUGAUUGCAGGCACCCCAGUCCUUGACAUCAAACCCUACAUCCCAGAGUAUGACUCCCCCCAGUCCAGGACUCGCAUGGAAUUGGAGCCCUGUGAACUAAACACACACCGGCCAAAUGCAACCGCUAUGGAGGGGUCUCAUAUCUUAGACCUCCCUACAGGUUCAGAAACAGACGGUCAGUCAGACCUGAAAGGUGAAAGAACUGAUUGUGAUGAUGUGGAGAGUAAACUACCAAAAGACAAAUCUGAAGGGGAUAUUUCAUCUAAAGUCGGCGCUCAGUUUCCCCUGCCUAAAGCCUUGCGUGGUGUGCUGGAGGAGGUCAAGGCCUAUGUGACCCAAGGUGAGGAGCAAGUUCCAGACUCUCCAAUAAACAAGCCUUCUGAGUCAACAGUGGACCGCCCCUGCUAUGGAGAGGAGGCCUGCAGUACCAUCGCUGACUGGAUCAGAGAGCCUCUUGUUGCCAGUCUGGGGGUACGCUUCACUCCUCAUGCUGAGAAGGAGCUGGCAGAAUUCCUUCCUGCACACCUGUCAGGAUCCCCUGAAAGUGUCAGACCCAGGUUCAAGUUUCUGCGCAGUUCAGAGGAGGCCGCUGCCGCCAUCAGAGGGGUGCUGUCAGCAGACCCUCGGUCGGUCUACAGGCGGACACGCUGCGGGGACAGGCUCUUCUUCUUCACCCUGGACACAGCUGACAUCACCUGCUGGUUCGGACAGGGCUUUGCUGAGGUGCUGCAGGUCCGACCUGUUCAGUGCCAGAUUGCCACCACGUAAGAAACCCGGUCAGUGGAAACGCUAGGGCUGGAUAGUGACACUUUUCAUGUGCAUUGAGAAACAAGCUUGUAAAAUGUUCCUCAACAUUUCUAGGAUAUUUUUCUGCUGAUAAAUAUGUAUUUCUGUUGUAUAAUCAAGGAUUUCUUAAAAUCAGACUGAUGAAAUACAAGGUUCAUCAGAGAAAAUGGUAUUGUUUGAAUAGUUUUAUUGUAUUUUUAUAUUUUAUAAUUUCCCUUUUAAUCUUCCCUCGGUAAAAAAUAAAUCGUUCAUGAAAGAA